AUGCAAUCAGAGUCUGAGGAUCUAGAAUGGGGAUCCCCAUCCAUUGUUGUUUGGACGGAGCUCCAAGUGCCUAUCGGACUGGAGUCUGAUCAACAACGAUGGAUAGGAUACUUUGAACCUUUGGUACAUGCCAUAGGCCACCAUGAGACGGCUUGGGCUCGCCUCCGCGUGAACAAAGAUAGGGUUAUUCUAGGCACAUGGUGGCAGGGUGGUAGCCCGGCGUAUAGAGCAUUUCAAAACUCUCCGUCAGCUCAGCUUUUUAGGGAAACUCUUGCUGACGAUGGAAUUACGUUCUUGACAUCUUAUGAGACCGCCUUUCGGGGAGGACAUUGGUUUGACCUUGUACCCCGAUACUUUGUCACCAUCUUCUGGGUUUACUUCAAAGCUCCGGUCACGGAAGCACAGAAGCGCGAAGUCGGAAAUGGUGAUGGUAUUCGCCCACCUGCUAUCCUCCGCCCCCGACCAAACGAGUUGCUAUCACCAAAACCUCCCGUCCAGCUCUGGGCUUUACAUAAUGAGUAUCUACAUGGCGAAGAAGUUCACUCGCUACUGUGGCCGCAUUUCUGGAGGGAUGAGGAGGCAUCGCUAUUCAGACACGUGAAGUUUUGGACAGGUACAGGCGAGACGUACUUGGAGACCUUUCAUCGGUUCCUCCGUGAUACCGGCGCGAUGGAAGUCAAAGAAGAUUACUGUGAAUUCAAAAAACUCGUCCCCAUAUAA